AUGGAUAUCGACACUGAAGUUGGCGCUGCACAAGAACAAACACACACUGACGCAUUGCCGAUCGAUGUCGUCAUGACUGACGACCAGCAGAACAUCAGUCCGCCAAUGGAAAAUAAUGACAUUGAUUCAUCUGUCCAAGGAAAGGAAGCAGAGCAAGUUGAAGAAGAGGUCAAAGACGAGACUUUGGGAGGCUUCCAGUCGUUUCACGAGAGCCCUGUGUUAGAUGGUGCUCCCUCUGCACAAAGCCCUCUUCCCGACAUCCCAAACCCUGAGGAUUUGAUGGAGUUUGGUGGAUAUCAGCCAUCAACCACUGAGACAACUGAUCAAGUCGCGCCGGCAUCUGCUGAGGAUCAAGAACAACCUAGUGAGCCAGCCAAUCGUGAAGACCACGAGAGUCCCAAACUCACAGAGCCCGUCAACAGUACUGGCCUAGAAGUGGUUCCCCAAAUCGACGACGAGGUGUCGAAUGAUUUGCCAGUAGUCGAUGAGCAGGCAAGUAUUUCUUCAGAGAACGAGCAAAUUCUAGAGGUUGCGAGACAAUCAAGCGAGCCUGGUAACGAAGACGCUGAGGUUCAGGAUAUCGCCCAGCCACUCGAUUCAAGCUCCGAAUCUGAAGGGCCUGCUGAAGACGAGAAAGUCCCCGAUACUCAGGAGCUCGACGUCCCUGCAACUGAAGAGGUAGAGACUGCAGGUCUUGAUCAAGCCUCUGAAUCGGAAUCAGAAUUAGAAGAGCCCGCCGAAGCCUUCUCACAAUCUAUGAAAGACUUCCUCGCAGCUUGGGAAGAAGAAACCGACAACUUCGAGGCUAGAAUUAAGGAACUUCGACGAUUGCUUGUGGAAGACGGCGACGGCAGCGCAGAAGACAACAAGGACAUAUUGGAGAAAUUGAUGAACGAAGUCGACCGCGAGGAGCAAGUCUACAAAUCAAAGACCACGACUGCACGUAAUCAUUUGGACGGACUUGAGCGGCUGGCUCGAAUCAAGAUCCUAGAGGUGCUUGAUCGUGCAGAUGCAAGUUUCGAGCAGCGAUUAAUAUUGGUGAAAGCGAACUUGAGGGAGGAGCACAACUCUGAAUCUGCAAGAAGCCAACUCUCACCUGACGCAGAAGACUCAGACGUCGAGAUGAAGGAUGAACCUGAUAACGAGGCGGAGAUUGGUGCUGACAACGACGACCAAGAAGUCAAAUCCUCAAAAUCAAACUCGCCUGCUCCUUCCUCACUUGGCUGGGCACCAAGCGAAGACGAAGGUCUGACGGAAAGUGCGAAGAAGGAACAAAAGGUCAAAACACGCAAGCCUCGCAAAUCGACAGGUACCACUUCCGAGCACUUCACUCCUUCUCCAAAGAGAAAGCGCGUGCCAGCCGGCACAUCUGCUGUUCCCUUCCCCAAGCUGUCGGCACCUCGCUUCGGCUUGAUUCAGGAAAGACUGGCCAAUGAUCCUUUCCGUCUGCUGAUUGCUGUCACCUUCCUAAACAAGACCCACGGUAAGGCAGCAAGACCCAUCUUCGAGCAAGUCAUGGAGACGUAUCCUACGCCGAGCGAUCUGGCUGCUGCCAAUAUCAGCGAGCUCAGUGAGAUGAUUCACAGUCUAGGCUUCCAAAAUCAGCGUGCGAAGAAAUUAAUCAAGAUCGCCGAGACUUGGGUUGGACAACCACCACAGAAAGGAAAACUCUACCGCACCAUGGAUUAUCCCAACAAAGGCAAUGGCCGCCACCUCAAGCCCAAAGAAACUGUCGAUGAAGACGUCGAAGAUUGCGUCCAAGCCGGCGCUUUAGAAAUUGCGCACAUCUACGGACUUGGACCCUACGCUUGGGACUCUUGGAGAAUCUUCUGCCGUGACAAGUUCCGUGGUGUGGCUGAGGGCUACAAUGGCGAAGGUGUCCCUGGUUAUAAGCCUUCGUCACAGGCCAAGGAGAAUUCGGAAUUUGAACCAGAGUGGAAGCGUGUAGUUCCCUUGGAUAAGGAACUUCGAGCAUGUCUGCGCUGGAUGUGGUUGCGCGAAGGCUGGGAGUGGGAUCCUCUAACCGGAAACAAGAAGAAGGCAGCCUCAACUCUCAUGCGCGAAGCAUCAGAUGGUGUAGCCACCUGGGACGAGCCUGUAGCUCUCAACCCACACGACGAAGACACAACAACCAUCAAGGAAGAACUUGCAGGACCCAAAGGCCCUGACGCGUUAGUCCCCGGAGUCAAAGCCGAGGAUGUCAAGCCAGCAUCUAAGAAACGCGCUAGAAGAGGUAGAAACUCAGCUGGUGCUAUUGCAAAGCGUGCGGCUACUACUCCACCUCCUACUGCACCCAAAGAAGCUGCCACCCCGGCUGUACCUGCCAGUAGCAAACGUCUCAAUGCUGACCCAGAGAUCAUGACUUCGCGUCUCAGACCUAGAGCUGGUCGUGCUGAUGCGAUCGCUUCCGCACCUGUACCUGCUACGCCUAGUCGUCGUCGCGCUGCACGCAAGUAA